AUGUUUCAAUUUGUAAACCCUCUUUUAAGAAACAUCAUUAUCAGAAAUCAGCUGGAUAGCAUCAAGAGGAAGCAAUGCCUCCAAUAUUUGAAAGCCCUGAGAACCCUGCAAUAUGAUGGGUUUAAGACUGUAUUCUUUGGGGAGACUGAUCUCCCAGAAAGCCUGGUAACUGGGGAAGAUUGUGGUGAUGAAUGUUUCAUGCAAAGUCCAACUUGGUGUAUUGUGCAUGCUGGCAGUAGUCAAGGAUGGGUACCUUGGAAAUACCGGCUGUUCCUACGAGAUGAGUUAUGUGUCAGGCAAGAAGAAGGCCUUUUCUUUGAGUUCUGUCAUGUGGUAAAGAUGGCCUAUGGGAAGUGUGCUAUCGUGGUCAAAGAGCGAAGACAACAGGAUGAGAUGAGGCCAAAGGAAGAUAAAGAGUCUGAGGACCAGCCCUGUGCUCCAUCAAUCAUUAACUUAACAAGCAUCGUGUGUUGUCCUGAGGUGGCCAAGUCCUGUGGCCAUGAGCUGCUCUCUCUGCCUUUUCCUUACAAUUACCUGAACCCUUUAGACUCAGCCUGGUCCUCUCUGAAAUGGUUUAUCAUCAAUAACAGAAAAGAGUUUUGUUUGCAGUCUAUUGACAACAUAUAUUCUUACCAAUAUAUACUUUUUAGUGACUUGGUUAGCAAAGGGAUUGAAAGGAUAACCCCAGACAAGUGGAAAACUAUAACUAACAAAGUGCGAAGAUGGGAAAACUACUAUCUUGGUAAAUUUUCUUAA